AUGGGGCCUCUCAUCAUGGGCCGCGUCGGCGUCUCGAAGUCGCAGAAGCUGCUGAUCCUGCUGCCCGUGCUGCCCGUGGCCCUGGCGAGCUUCGCGGCCUCGUUCUGGCUCUCCCGCCGCCUCGGGGAGGUGAGGGUCCUGAAGCUGGGGCUCCUCGCCGCGACGCUUUUCGCGCUGGCGGUGGUGUUCUGCCACGAGGUGUGGCAGCUGAUUGUCGUGUUCUGCCUCUUCCUCGCGCCUUCGUUCGUGUCCUUCGUGGCCACGGUGCGGAUCAAGAGCGCGCUAGUGGCAUUGGACGAGCAAGGGACGGUUCAGGGUCUGACGACGGGCGUGGGCAAGGGCGCCGCGGUGGCCGGCAUCAUGUUCUUCGGCUGGCUGCUGCACGCCUCGACCGAGGGCGGCAAGGACCUGGAGGGGGGCAUGUUCCCGCCGUUUUUCGCCAUGGCCGGGGUGGAGGGCCUGGCCCUGCUGCUGGCGAGCACCUUGCCGCUUCUGGUGCCGUCGUGCGACGGCGUGAAGGGGACGCCCAGCCAGGAGAAGCUCGUGAGGUCCGAGACCUCGGAGCUCUCAGAGUCGUCGGGCUCCACCACCUGCAUCCACAUCUACACCUACAGCUACAUCUACAUGUACACAUGCAUCUACAUCUACAUCUGCAUCUACAACUACACUCACAUCUACAUCUAUUUCUACACCUACAUCUACACCUACAUGUACAUCUACAUUUACAUCUACACCUACAUCCACAUCUACACCUACACCUACAUCUGCGCCGGCGACGGCUUCGAUGCCACCGACCUCCUGCGACACCUGCAGGAGAAAGAAGGCUACGAAAUCCUCGACAUUUUCGAGUGUACAAAGGGUGCGAGGUUUCCAGUGGCCAGGCGGCUUUGGCUGGAGAACGCUGAGGACCACACCAGCGCGGAGGCGGGCGCGGCAGGCGAGGCUGGCGCCCCCGCGGGCGGGCAGGGGAGCCCCCGGGCCGCCCCCGAGGAGGCGCAGGGCGCGGAGGGCGCGGCGGAGGCGCAGUCGGCCCAAGCAUGCGUUCAGGUCAGCGUGGAGCCCUGGACGGUGCUCAGCUCGCCGCCGGCGCCGCCGGCCCCGCUGCGGCAGCCUGCGGCGGGCAAGGCGAAGGGCAAGGGGGCUCCGCCUGCGCCGAAGGGCAAGGCGGCAGCCGUGGCUCCGCCCCCCCCGGGCAAGCGCGGCGGGAAGGGCGUAUCUGGCCCGGGCAGGCCGCCAGCGCCGAAGGCGAAGGGUGGGUCCGCGGUGGCUUCCGUGAAGGUGUCCCAUACGCAGCCACCUUUCGGCAAGAAGCUGCAUUGGAGGCUGCUGCCCGCCGAGGCCGUGGGCGACACCAUCUUCGAGGAGCUGCACCCCUGGGGCGAGGUCGUGCCCCCGCUGGACACGCGGCAGCUCCAGCGCCUCCUCGCGCCGCCGCCCGCGCCCUCCGCGCUGGGCGCGCGAGCCCCCGAGGCAGAACCGACUUCGAAGCUCGUCAUGUGCGUGAACUUGUACUGGGUCCUGAUAGUUGGCACCACGGCUGUCGCGGUGAGCUACUGCAACAGUGCGCUUGUGGCCCUGGGCCUCUCAGCAGGUUGCCAGUUCUGUGCCUCGGCUUUCGUGGCCACAGAAAUGAUGUGGUGGCUUCCAAACGUCGGCGUGAACUGGGUUUUCGGUGCCGAGGCCUUGCAGCCUUUCCGGCACGCCCACAAGGGGGGCAUGGGAGGGGCGCCCACGAGUGUGCGAGCGUCGCUUUGGCAGAUGCCAUAUCAACUGACAGCCAUGCGGCAGGCCCGGGUCUCCCGGGUGCGAGGCUAUUGGCUGGACCCUCUGAUAUACGCUAUCACGUAUGCUUGCAGCGCCAGGCGGGGCGCAGUCGCCACGAAUCUUGCUGUUGGUUUCUGGCCGUCCGACUCGCUGGAGCUUUGCUCGACGGCGCUGACCUUUGUCGGCAUGCUCCUGUAUUUCGACUUCAUGUCGUUCCUGCUGCACUGGGCGAUGCACACCAGAGUGUUGUACAGGAGGUACCACAAGGAGCACCAUGACGUCCGUCAUCUGUCCCCCUGGGCCAACGACAUCGAGUCUGACGCGGAAGGGCUGCUGAACGUGUUCAUGUGCAAGGCGACCACGGUGAUUCUGGCUGCCUGGCUAGGCCUCUUGCAGGAGCGACCUUGGUUGAUCGUGGCGUUCUAUGCGUUCACGAAAUGGUACGGGGUCAUGGAGCAUCUCAACAUGACUCUGCCUCCCUUGCAUAUUCUCGUACGUUGGAAGCAGGCAGAACCGACUUCGAAUCUCGUCAUGUGCGUGAACUUGUACUGGGUCCUGAUAGUUGGCACCACGGCUGUCGCGGUGAGCUACUGCAACAGUGCGCUUGUGGCCCUGGCUGUUGGUUUCUGGCCGUCCGACUCGCUGGAGCUUUGCUCGACGGCGCUGACCUUUGUCGGCAUGCUCCUGUAUUUCGACUUCAUGUCGUUCCUGCUGCACUGGGCGAUGCACACCAGAGUGUUGUACAGGAGGUACCACAAGGAGCACCAUGAUGUCCGUCAUCUGUCUCCCUGGGCCAACGACAUCGAGUCUGACGCGGAAGGGCUGCUGAACGUGUUCAUGUGCAAGGCGACCACGGUGAUUCUCGCUGCCUGGCUAGGCCUCUUGCAGGAGCGACCUUGGUUGAUCGUGGCGUUCUAUGCGUUCACGAAAUGGUACGGGGUCAUGGAGCAUCUCAACAUGACUCUGCCUCCCUUGCAUAUUCUCCUACGUUGGAAGCAGGCAGAACCGACUUCGAAGCUCGUCAUGUGCGUGAACUUGUACUGGGUCCUGAUAGUUGGCACCACGGCUGUCGCGGUGAGCUACUGCAACAGUGCGCUUGUGGCCCUGGGCCUCUCAGCAGGUUGCCAGUUCUGUGCCUCGGCUUUCGUGGCCACAGAAAUGAUGUGGUGGCUUCCAAACGUCGGCGUGAACUGGGUGUUCGGUGCCGAGGCCUUGCAGCCUUUCCGGCACGACCACAAGGGGGGCAUGGGAGGGGCGCCCACGAGUGUGCGAGCGUCGCUUUGGCAGAUGCCAUAUCAACUGACAGCCAUGCGGCAGGCCCGGGUCUCCCGGGUGCGAGGCUAUUGGUUGGACCCUCUGAUAUACGCUAUCACGUAUGCUUGCAGCGCCAGGCGGGGCGCAGUCGUCGCCACGAAUCUUGCUGUUGGUUUCUGGCCGUCCGACUCGCUGGAGCUUUGCUCGACGGCGCUGACCUUUGUCGGCAUGCUCCUGUAUUUCGACUUCAUGUCGUUCCUGCUGCACUGGGCGAUGCACACCAGAGUGUUGUACAGGAGGUACCACAAGGAGCACCAUGAUGUCCGUCAUCUGUCUCCCUGGGCCAACGACAUCGAGUCUGACGCGGAAGGGCUGCUGAACGUGUUCAUGUGCAAGGCGACCACGGUGAUUCUCGCUGCCUGGCUAGGCCUCUUGCAGGAGCGACCUUGGUUGAUCGUGGCGUUCUAUGCGUUCACGAAAUGGUACGGGGUCAUGGAGCAUCUCAACAUGACUCUGCCUCCCUUGCAUAUUCUCCUACGUUGGAAGCAGGAUGGGCCGGCCUGGAGACCAGGCAAGGAGGCAGACAGACUGGACCCGACGCACGAGUGCCAGCCCGUGAAGGCCGGCGGCCCCGAAGCCACGCGCCGCGCCAGCGCGGCGUCUGGCGGCGCCGCCGCGGCCCCCCGCAGCAGGUGCAUCCUGGACGCGAAGCGGGCCCAGAACUUCGCCAUCGUCCUGCGGCAGGUCACCAUGCCCACUGACCAGCUGGCCGACGUGUUGAAGUGGAUGCGGCUCAGCCACCCCGUGAGCCCGGAGAUGCUUGAGCACAUCCUUGACAACCUGGCGACGCCCCUCGCCGAGUGCGCCGAGCUCGCGGCCUACGACGGCCCGCCCGAGCCCCUGCGGGACGUGGAGCGGCAGCUGCUGCCGCUGGCGCGGCUGCCUCGGCUGAAGGCGCGGCUCCAGAGCAUCAUCUUCGGCAAGCGCGUGCCCGAGCUCCACGGCCGGCUGCUCGAGCGGGUGCGGGCGCUGCUGGCGGCCUGCUCGCAGGUCCGAAGCAGCGCAGCGCUGCGUCGCGUCUUCAUGACGGUCCUCCGGGUGGGCAACUACCUCAACCACGGGGUGGACGCGCCGGACGCCGGCGGCGGCGUGGAGGUGCGCGGCUUCACGGUGGAGAGCCUGCUCAAGCUGCGCGACUUCCGCUCCACGGCCCAGGGCACCACCGCCCUGCACUGCGUGGCGCUUCACCUGCUUCCCGCGGACCCCCGCCUGCCGGACCAGCUCCGCGAGGUGCUCGACCCGGUCACCGGCGGCGCGAGCGUCGGCGGUGGCGUGGCGGACCUCAGCGAGGAGGUGCUGCGGUUCAAGUGCGAGAUCGAGCAGGUGCAGAGUGAGAUCGAGCGCUUCGGUGACUGCUACAGGCAGGCCGGCACGCCGCCCGAGGGCCCGGGCCCCCUGGAGUCGCUGCAGCGCCUCGUGGACGACGCGGGCGAGCUCUCGCGGGGCCUCGAGGGCGAGAUUGGCGACGCGCUCAACGAAGCGUGGGGCCUGCUGCAGUACUUCGGCGAGCGGCGCGGGGGGCCUCCAGGCGGCUGGAACGAAGAGUCCUACGGCGCGGUGGAGAAGUUCUUCUCCACCAUCCGGGAAUUCGCCGUUUCCUUCGCGGAGUGCUGGCGAGAGGUGCGGGACCAGCAGCGGAAGAUGAAGCCCGAGGCUGCCGCAGCGGCCCCGGCCGCAGUCGGCAGCAGCCCGCGGGCGGCCGACCUGACCAGCCGCCCCGUGCGCGCGACCCGGGCCGCCGCCGCCGUCACUCUCGGGAACCAGGCGGCCUUGUUGACCGCGCCCGGAGGCGAGCCGCAGAAGCCGCGUAGGCCGUUUCCAGCGGCCAUCGGCGCCUACGGCGUCGCGCCCGCCGCGCUGCUCGCGGCGGAAGCGGCCGCCAUCCGCCGGCGCAAGGUCGGCCAGGCGCCCUCCGACGCUGGAGCUCUGAUGGCCGCGGAGAAAGGA